UGCUUUCAUUUUUUUCAUACCUCGCUUGUCCAAGGUGUUAGGCUUGCCACUUGUAACAUAAGUAUCAUCUGGCUCAUUCCUCGUAUGAGUCGUAUCUUGCUCCUGGUAAUAAUUGGGCAGCCGUAGCCCGUGUAAAGUCCGUACCCGCCGACUCCGAUAACUAUUAGUUAUUACCAAUCCUUCCCGCGCUAACUAUUUAACAUACAUACAUUUUCAGCGCUGGUCUCGUCUGAAGGAGCCGCCAACGGCCAACUGCGUGGGAUCUUGCUUUCAGCUGGAUCCUUCGGAUUCUUUCUUCUUCUUCCCCUUCUUCUCCUUUUUCUAGAUUAGAUUCCUCCAUGUCUUUUCCUACGUCGUGUUUUGUUCUGAGAUACCCCUUGAGAAGAAAGAACGUUGUUUGCGCCGUGUCUCCCUGCGUCGAAGAACGGCAGCGUUAGAAUUAUAUAUCCAAUAAAACAGACCAAAUAUAAACCAAAAAAAGAGAAAGAAGACAGACAGACAGAAACAGAGAAGAAAAUAAAUAUACAAUAAUACAAGCCUAUUCACCUCGACCAUGACCAUGACCCUCACACGAACCCCCACCAACCGAUCAAACCGAAGCCGGCGCUCGAGAAGAAGCUCGCACUCCCAUCCCAAGUCGCGUCCACAAUCUCAAGAGCACCCUCCUGUGAAAAAAACUGAGUCGUUCGAGGCCGCUGCUGCAAAAGCCAGCAAGGGAGAGGCCACUGAGGGCCCCGAUCCGCUAUUGGGUUUCCUCAAUCACCUAUCCCCGCAACAGUCGGAAGCCCUAGACGCUUUCAAGUCCAUCUUAAAAGAGGAACAAUUAUAUACCGAAGCGCAUGGUGAAACUCCCGCAAGCCAUGAUGAUUCUACAUUACUCCGAUUUCUUCGCGCGCGUAGAUUCGACGUGAAGGGUGCGCUGGAUCAGUUCCAGUCGACGGAAGAAUGGCGCAAGACAAACCAAAUCGACGCGCUAUAUCAGAAUUUUGAUAUUGAUUCUUAUGAAGAGGCGCGCAGAGUGUACCCACAAUGGACCGGCCGACGAGACCGCCGUGGAAUUCCCAUCUACGUCUUCGUAAUAAAGAACCUAAACAGCAAGAACAUGGCAGCCUACUCGUCCGGUGCCUCAACCAGCAAAACAUCCGCAACCCACGCCUCCUCCAAAGUACCAGCACGGCUCCUCCGUCUCUUUGCGCUGUAUGAGAACAUGAUCCGGUUUGUGCUGCCGUUGUGUAGCGAGCUAGAGCGGCCGCAUCCGGAGACUCCGAUUGUGAACACGACGAAUAUUGUGGAUAUUUCGGGCGUGGGACUUAAGCAGUUUUGGAAUCUAAAAGGACAUAUGCAGGAUGCAAGCGUGUUGGCGACAGCACAUUAUCCGGAGACUUUGGAUAGAAUAUUUAUAAUCGGAGCUCCCGCCUUCUUCCCCACCGUCUGGGGCUGGAUAAAGCGCUGGUUCGACCCCGUGACAACAUCAAAGAUCUUCAUCCUCUCCGCAUCCGAAGUAAAAUCCACCCUCGGCACCUUUAUGGACCCCAGCAACAUCCCAAAACAGUACGGCGGCGAGCUGGAGUGGAACUGGGGGGACAUGCCGUCACUUGACGAGCCGGCUAAGAAACUCGCAAGCGUCUUGAUGCGCGUUGGAGAAAGGGGGACUAAUGAUGUCUCCGCUGCAGACCUAUCUGUGCCUGUGACGGGGGAUACAAGGACGGAUUUUGUCAACGGGCCCGUUGCGUGGAAUGAAGAGACGGUGGAGAUUAUGGGGAGUCUGGACGGGGUUGAUCGGAGGAGGACUCUUACGAUAUCGCGGGCGAAACAUGGCCGGGGUACCGAUGCCAGUGCUGGGGUUAGUACUGCGGGGAGUGAAGCACUUGCGGAGAAAGAGGUAGUGAUAAAUGGAGACGGGAGGGGCGGCGUAAACAUGGAUGCGGUCACGGCAGGCCUUGCGGCUUUGGAAGUGGACAAUGAAAAAGUUCCUGAGCCCGCAUCUGCAGCUGCUGAUAAAGGGUCGCCAAUUCCGACCACUGCAUGAGGAUCCUUCAAGCCCUUGUUUAACUCAGCGUCGUUGCGUGCAGGGGUGAGCUGCAUUUCUUUUGUCUUUCGGCAUGCUUACGGUGCUUCUAAUAUCUUACCCUUUUUCUUUUUUCUUUUUGGAUCUUGCCUUUACAUAGCAUCAGAGCUUUGACGACCUUAUUUCUUGCUUCUUUGCUUCCUUUGCUUUCUUAGAUUCAUUGGGGUUGAUUGGUUUUUGACCUUUUAGGUGUUUGUGUGCGGUAAUUUCAGCUUGUAUGACUCUGUACAUGCCUGUACCGUUGAUUGCCUGAGAUAGAAGUAUAUAUACGUGUAUGUAUAUGGAUGCAUGUUAUAUUGGUUGACCAGGCCUUUUGUUUAUCCAUAAAGUUCCUUUUUUACUUAUUCUAGUAAUGAUUAUCUUCCAGCCCUAUUAUUCAAUUCAUACUAUCCACUUGAUCUAAUAUUUGUUUAGAUCCUUUUUGACGA